UUCGCCCUCGCUUCGCUUCCACUCCACCUCUCUCUCGAUUCACCACGGCGGCGACGGCAAUGGCGGCGGUGGAGCAGGAUCAGGAGGAGGAGGUGAUCAUCGUCGGGGCGGGGCCGUCGGGGCUCGCGGCGGCGGCGUGCCUGUCGGUGCGCGGCGUGACGGGCUGCCUCGUCCUGGAGCGCGACGACUGCGUGGCGUCGCUGUGGCGCCACCGCACCUACGACCGCGUCCGCCUCCACCUCGCCAAGCGCUACUGCGCGCUCCCGCACGCGCCGCACGGCGAGGCGUCGCCGACCUACCUCCCCCGCGACGACUUCCUCCGCUACCUCGACGCCUACGCCUCCCGCUUCGGCGUCCGCGCCCGCCUCCGCCGCGAGGUCCGCUCGGCGCGCUACGACGCCGCCCGCGCCCGGUGGCUCGUCGACGCCGUCGACCUCGCCACGGGACGCGCGGAGCGGUACGCGGCGAGGCACCUGGUCGCCGCCGCGGGCGAGAACGACGAGAGGGUGGUGCCCGAGGUGCCCGGGAUGGAGACGUUCCCCGGGAAGGUGGUGCACGCCGCCGACUACCGGAGCGCGGAGGGGUUCAAGGGGAAGUCCGUGCUCGUCGUCGGCGGCGGCAACUCCGGCAUGGAGAUCGCCUACGACCUCGCCGUCGGCGGCGCCGCCACCUCCAUCGUCAUCCGCAGCGAGCUGCACCUGGUGAGCAAGGAGAUAUGGAACUUGGCGAUGACGCUGUACAGGUACCUGCCGGUGUGGGUGAUCGACAAGGUGGUGCUGCUCAUGUGCGCCGCCGUGUUCGGCGACACCGCCCGCUACGGCCUCCGGCGGCCGGCCGUCGGGCCCUUCACCAUGAAGGCCACCACCACGAUGUACCCGGUCGUGGACGUCGGCACCUUCGCCAAGAUCAGGUCCGGCGAGAUCCGCGUCCUCCCGGCCGCCAUCAAGGGCGUCCGCGGCCGCGACGUCGAGUUCGCCGACGGCCAGCGCCACGCCUUCGACGCCGUCGUCUUCGCCACCGGCUACCGGAGCACCACCAAGCACUGGCUCAAGAGUGAUGACGGGCUGAUCGGCGACGACGGGAUGGCGGGGCGGAGCUACCCGGAUCACUGGAAGGGGGAGAACGGGCUGUACUGCGCCGGGAUGGUGAGGAGGGGAAUCUACGGCAGCUACGAGGACGCGGAGCACAUCGCCGACGACAUCAGCAAGCAACUCCGGAGCAGCAGCAAGCCUACCCACAACAAUGGCUCGGCCUAGAAAGAAAUUAAAUCAAGCUGAUGAGGCUCUCCCCCUUGGACCUUGUCUUGGUUAUUAUAUUAGGUGUAGCUUUUAUACUAUGAUUUUGUUUCUGAGUUUGUGGAUGUGGAUGAAAUAAACAAAAUAAAACUUGCCCUUGGGUGGUCUUUGAUUAAUAAUAGUUAUAUCAUGUUGGCUCACU